UCCCAGGCGGUUUCCAGCUGGUGUCUGGCAGGAGUAGCUCAACUUUGUCCAGCUUCUUGUCCCUCAUUGUCGGCUACCUUCCAGUUGGAGCCCGUUAGUUCCCAGUAGGAGCUCCGGCAGGCAUCGAGGCAAGGGGACACGGGCCCCUGUACAGCUCCAAAUCCUCUGCGAGGCGGGCGGAGCAGGCAAGCACGGAGGCGACGCACCCAGACGAGGCUGGCACACAACAUCAGGGAAAGUUCUGAAGGACGAAGGACCUGGUAGGCUGGGGAGGAGGCGAGGAGAACCGGCCGGAGCUGCAGGCGCAGCGAGUGUGCGUGGUCUGGGUGCUCCUCGGUUGCUUCUCCCUUCAGGCUGGUUGGGGCGGUGCAGUGCAGCUGGGAGAGCUCUUGGGAGCCGCUUUAAAAAAAAAAAAAAAAUCCUUCCUGGAUUUGAUUAAUUACAACAAUCCUCAGAAGAUCUGGAAAAGAGGAGCGAGAAUCACCUAUCCCUUCCUCCGCCUUCCAGCAACUGGCUCCUACCCCCCACCCUCGCUUCCCCCCUUUUUCUCCACCUCCUUCUCCUUGUCUCCCUGUCCGCUCCAGGGGCUGCGGCCAGAGCCUCGUCAGGAGGAGGGCGGGUGAGGACUCACUCAAGUUGGCCCCAGUUGGCAGCACUUCGGGCAGCGCGGGACUUGGGGCAGCGCUCGGCAGCUCCCGCUGAACAAAGGAGCCCGUUUCCCGCAGAGAUCGGGGGACAGCGCCGGGCUGGCCCGGGCCCUGCUCCUGCCCUAGCCCGGUGCCGGCCCGGUGCCCCCGGGCUGGCCUUUCCCUGUACCCCGAGUGCGGGCGCGGCCGCCUGUUCGCCUGGAGAUCCUCGAGCAACCUGGCCAGGGGAAGCGGGAAGCGGCACUCCGCGUUUCUGCCCUCCUUGCCUUCUUCUCUCGCUCUCUCCCUUCCUUUUAUCCUUUUUUUUUUUUUUUCCCUUUUUUUUUUUUUUUCCCUAUAUUUUAAAUUUUACCCCCAGGCGGCCCCUGUUGGGGGGUCCCCUGCUCCGCCCGGGGGGCGCCGGUGCCCGGCGCGGAGCGGGGCGCAUGGGGCGGCGUUCCGGGAGGCUUUCGGCUGCUCCUCGCUACCCCGCCGGAUGCUGCCUGAGCUGUUUUGGCUGUUUUUCUUCGCCGGCGAUGAAGACUCUGCCUUGAAGAUGGACAUGAUCUGUUUUUUAUUCCUGUCUCUGGUGCCGGUGUACAGCAGGGGACAAGGGGUGUACGCUCCUGCUCAGGCCCAAAUCAUCCAUGCUGGGCAAGCAUGCGUGGUGAAGGAAGACAACAUCAGUGAACGCGUUUACACAAUUCGGGAGGGGGACACGCUGGUCCUGCAGUGUCUGGUCACAGGACACCCCCGGCCACAGGUGAGAUGGACCAAAACUGCUGGCAGCGCGUCGGACAAAUUCCAAGAGACGUCAGUGCUUAACGAGACCCUUCGGAUUGAGAAGAUCCAAAGGCUGCAGGGGGGCCGCUAUUACUGUAAAGCAGAAAAUGGGGUUGGGGUCCCUGCCAUCAAGUCCAUUCGAGUAGAUGUGCAGUAUCUAGAUGAACCUGUUCUCACCGUUCACCAGACCAUCAGUGAUGUACGUGGCAGCUUCUACCAGGAGAAGACAGUCUUCCUCCGCUGCACUGUCAACUCCAACCCGCCAGCUCGCUUCAUCUGGAAACGUGGAGCUGAGAUACUUUCUCACAGUCAGGACAAUGGUGUGGACAUCUAUGAACCCCUUUACACACAGGGUGAAACCAAAGUCCUGAAGCUGAAGAACCUUCGACCUCAGGAUUAUGCCAGCUACACCUGCCAGGUGUCCGUCCGCAAUGUCUGCAGUAUCCCUGACAAAUCCAUCACCUUCCAGCUCACAAACACCACAGCCCCACCUGCUCUGAAGCUAUCUGUCAAUGAGACUCUGGUGGUCAACCCCGGUGAUAACAUCACUAUGCAGUGCUCUCUGACGGGUGGUGACCCACAGCCAGAGGUGGUUUGGUCCCACUCUCCUGGCCCAAUGCCUCCCAAUAGCCUUGUGCAUGGAGGCAACCUCACCCUCUGGAGGAUCCGCGUGGAGGACUCGGGCUACUACAACUGCACGGCCAUCAACAAUGUGGGGAACCCAGCAAAGAAGAUUGUGAACCUGCUGGUGCGGUCCAUGAAGAAUGCCACAUUCCAAAUCACUCCUGAUGUGAUCAAAGAGAGCGAGACCAUCCAGUUAGGGCAGGACUUGAAGCUCUCAUGCCAUGUAGAUGCUGUCCCCCAGGAGAAGGUUGUCUAUUCGUGGUACAAGAAUGGAAAACCAGCCAGGUUCUCAGACCGGUUGCUCAUCACCCGCAAUGACCCCGAGCUCCCACCUGUGACCUGCAGCUUGGAGAUUAUUGACCUGAGAUUCAGUGACUAUGGCACCUACCUGUGCGUGGCUACCUUCCAGGGAGCACCCAUUCCUGACCUCAGCGUGGAGGUGAACAUCUCCUCAGAGACAGUGCCACCAACAAUCAGUGUCCCCAAGGGUCAGUCCACCAUCACGGUGCGGGAAGGCUCCAGGGCCGAGCUGCAGUGCGAGGUUCGGGGGAAGCCGAAGCCACCCGUCAUCUGGUCCCGGGUAGAUAAGGAAACCCCCAUGCCUUCGGGGACGGUGACAAUGGAGACAUACGAUGGGAAGCUGCACCUGGAGAGCGUGAGCCGAGAAAUGAGCGGCACCUAUAAGUGUCAGACAGCCAGGUACAAUGGAUUUAACAUCAGACCCCGGGAAGCUCUGGUGCAGCUCAACGUGCAGUUCCCCCCCGUCGUGGAGCCGGCCUUCCAGGACGUUCGGCAGGGCAUGGGGCACAGCGUCACCCUGCGCUGCACCAUGCUCAAGGGCAGCCCCAUGAAGGUGGCCACCUCCGUCUGGCGCUUCAAUGGGAGCCUCCUGGCGCAGCCCCUGGCAGAGCAGCAGGACUACUCGGAGCUCAAGGUGGACAGCGUCAGCCGGGAGACCAGCGGGAGCUACGAGUGCAGCAUUUCCAAUGACGUGGGGGUCUCCGCCUGUCUCUUCCAGGUGUCUGCAAAAGCUUAUAGCCCAGAGUUUUACUAUGACACUCCCAACCCCACCUUGAGCCAGAAGCAAUCCAAGAAUUACUCUUACAUCUUGCAGUGGACCCAGAAGGAGCCUGAUGCUGUGGAUCCCAUCCUCAAAUACCGCCUGGAAGUCCGGCAGCUGUCUCAGAGAAGCACCAUCCAAACCUUUAUUCCUGUGAAGAAAAUGGAGAAAGGCCUGUUGCUGGAGCACAUCUUGCCCAACCUGAAAGUGCCUCAGAGCUAUGAAGUUCGCCUGACGCCCAUCACCAGCUUUGGGGCCGGAGAUAUGGCUGCCCGCAUCAUCCGGUACAUGGAACCAAUCAACUAUCCCAAUCCAGCAGAUAACACUUGCCGCUUUGAGGACGAGAAGAUCUGCGGCUUCAUUCAGGACAAGAUGGACAACUUUGACUGGACCCGGCAGAACGCCCUGACCCAGAACCCCAAGCGCACCGUCAACACGGGGCCCCCCACGGACAUCAGCGGUUAUUACAUGUUCAUCGAGGCGUCCCGGCCCCGGGUGACAGGAGACAAAGCCCGGCUCAUCAGCCCCCUCUACAACAUCACUGCCAAGUACUACUGUGUCUCCUUCUACUACCACAUGUACGGGAAGCACAUCGGCUCCUUGAACCUGCUAGUUCGCGUGCGGAACAAGCGAGCCAUCGACACCCAGGUCUGGUCCCUCAGUGGGAAUCGGGGCAACAUGUGGCAGCAGGCACAUGUGCCCAUCAACCCACCUGGGCCCUUCCAGAUCAUCUUUGAAGGUGUCCGGGGCACGAGCUACGAGGGGGACAUUGCCAUCGAUGAUGUCACUCUGAAAAAGGGAGACUGCCCGAGGAAGCCGCUUGGACCGAAUAAGGCUGUUGCUCUUCCAGGAAGCGGUGUCCCAGCCCUGCACAGCCCUUGGCUUUGUGGACCAUUGACUUUCUUCCUUUACGUGCUGCUCAGAUGAUGGCAAGUGAGCGCUCCUGUCUUCGGACCAAGACAUUCCUGCUCCUUUCCUACUCAGCCACCUCUGCUCCUCUUCCUCCCCUCCUCACUGGCACACCAAAGUGUCCAUAUGUUACCAAAGACUGACAGGCAUGACCACGCAAAGGGAUCUGGUUCAGAACUGGAGCACUCCUUGAGAAAGUCAUAAUGUCUAGAACAAAAUAUAAAAAUAAAGACAAAACUUUUUUUAAAAAGCACGUGCACGAGAGAGUGAGAGAGAGAGAGAGAGAGGAAGGAAAGAAACACACACAGAGAAAAGAAGGAAUGAAACACAAAA